GGAGCUUUCUUUAUUGUAAUAUGCAUGACAAUGCGCAUUCACCUUCUUGAGUUCUGAGCUGGGCGGAUCACUGAUAACAACAGGAGGAAAGUCAGUUUAGCUUGACAUAUUGAAUAUCUGGAUAGGUUAGUGGUCACAGAGAUCUAUAAUAUACAUCGAAAUGGGAAAUCUACAUACUGUUGGGCCAAAUGAAGCACUCGUUGUCUCAGGUGGUUGCUGUGGCAGUGAAAAUAAGAAAACAAUAGUUGGUGGAUAUGCCUGGGCAUGGGCAUGUGUAACAGAUACACAAAGAAUCUCUCUGGAGGUCAUGACCCUAAAUCCACGUUGUGAGAAUGUUGAAACUGCUAAAGGUGUGGCAAUUACAGUCACUGGCGUUGCUCAAGUUAAAGUCAUUAAGGAACAUGACUUGUUAAAGACUGCAUGCGAACAGUUCCUUGGAAAAGGUACUACUGAGAUAGAGGGAAUAUUACUACAGACACUUGAAGGUCACCUGAGGGCAAUUCUUGGAACCUUGACUGUUGAAGAAGUUUAUAAAGACAGAGACACAUUUGCAUCUCUGGUUCGAGAAGUUGCAGCUCCAGAUGUUGGAAGAAUGGGAAUAGAAAUUCUCAGCUUUACAAUCAAAGACAUUUAUGAUAAAGUGGAGUACCUGGACUCACUGGGGAAAACACAAACUGCAAUUGUCAAAAGGGAUGCAGAUAUUGGUGUUGCUGAAGCCAAGAGAGAUGCUGGUAUCCGGGAAGCAGAAUGCGAGAGAAUACGUAUGGAUGCAAGAUAUACUGCAGACACAAAAAUUGCCAAUUCCAACAGAGAAUUCCAAAUGCAGAAGGCUGAUUUUGACCAAGAAGUGAAUGCAAGGAAAGCUGAAGCUGAGCUUGCCUACCAGUUGCAGGGAGCCAAAGAAAAACAGAAGAUUCGAGGUGAAGAGAUCCAGAUCGAGGUUGUUGAAAGAAGAAAGGCCAUUGAAGUUGAAGAGAAAGAAAUUAUCAGAAAGGAAAAAGAGUUGAUAGCUACGGUGAAAAGCCCAGCGGAAGCCGAAAGCUACAAAGUGGAGACGAUUGCCCAAGGAAAAAAAACACAGAAAGUAUUGGCAGCACAAGCAGAGGCUGAAAAGAUCAAGAUGGUGGGUGCAUCUGAAGCUGCUGCAAUCGAAGCCAUUGGCAAGGCCGAAGCUGAAAGAAUGAGGCAAAAGGCUGCAGCCUACAAACAGUAUGGAGAUGCAGCUCUUAUGGCACUUGUUCUCGAUGCAAUGCCUAAGAUCGCUGCAGAGGUGGCUGCUCCACUGGCAAAGACAGAGGAGAUCGUUUUAAUCAACGACGACUCUUCUGGAGGAGGCAAGCUUUCAAAUGAAAUAACCAAGCUUGUUGGUCAACUGCCACCCGCCGUCCAGGCUUUAACUGGCGUCGAUCUUUCAAAGGCCUUGGGAAAGUUGCCUGGCGCUCAGACAGUUCAUUAAGAUAUUUCCAAAACAAUACACCCUGCACUGCUGAAUUAUUCUGUUGAUCCGUUGAUAACAAUUACUUUCUAAAUUUGCUUAACCUUUUCAAAUGCGUCAAACAUGUUUAUAAUGUAUUUACAUAUUAACAUAUAACCUUCACAUAACUUUACGCUUUCUAUUCUGUCAGAAAUUUUACGCACUUAGUUCAACAAUUUUCUACUCCGUACGUGAAACCAAAAAUUUCAGAAAAAAACCGUUUUUAGCCCUAUGAAACUAAGAUUCGUUUAACUAUUCGAGCUGCAACUCAACUGAAGAUGAAUUUGCCAUUUUAAUCACCUCGGAUAGAACUGUCUAGAGAUAACGCAGAUUCAGAAUUUUUGGCCUAUUUUUAAGUUGUAAUGAAUACAUUGAUUUCAGUUGCAUCGAAAUAAACUUUUUAAUAAUUAAUAAAAACUUCGCCAACACUACAGUAUUUUUCAAAAUGUGGUUGUUCACCUUUUAAAUGCGCCUUUAAGAAAUACUGGUUUAGAAAACAAAAGGCUAGAAUGUGAAAGCAACGCGAAACCUUGGGUUGUUUGUGAAAUAGAAAAAGCCAUCAAACUGUAGUUUUGUCGUCGAUCCUCACCCUAUUUCCCAUUUGCCAUUAUCAAAAUUUAUUUUGGAUCUUAUGCAAAGUUUGAUGCAGUAAAUUACAGUUUCGCUACUAUCGUUAUCUUUCAUCCUAAUUGAUAUUAUGGACGAGAGAAUUUUAGAUAGGUCAAUUUUCUGCUGUUUUUUGUAAAUAUUGACGUAAUCCUUUAUCACGUGACGUACAGUUCUUAUUAUCUAGUCUAAAGAUAUGAGAAUGCCCUCUAGAGAAAACGAUAUAGGGUAUAUUUAGUCUUAGAACUUCACUACAUAUUGUCCGUAAUAUUCAUUCGUUUUCUGUAAAGCACUAAUAGUCUGCAACGCGCUGACUGCGCCAUAGGAAUCUGUAAGUAAAAAGGGCCUUGUCUACCAGUAUCUGAUGUAAUGAUGAUUAAGUGAAUUCACGUAAUGAUAAAGUGAAUUUCGUUACAUUAUUUACUACAAAUCGAAACACCCAUUUUUAAUUUCAACUUUCACUAGCGAAAAUGUAUAUCGCAUUUAUGAUAACAUAGUAUUUGAAACAGUUCUUUACAAUUUUACAAUUUACGGGUGUAUGUAAUAUUAUUAUCUUAUUCUCCAAUGAGUUAUUGAUAUAACCAA